AUGAGUCAAGACGAAAAAAUGGGCCUGAGACAUCGCAGCAAAGAGUCGUCGCCGUUGGCGAAAAAGGUGGUGCCAUCUGGCAAGGGCCUCGAGGACAAGACAUCGAAAAUCAAGCACAAAUAUUCCCUGGAGCAAACCCAAAUUGCAAUUUGCCUGCCUAUUAUGAUUGGGCUAUGGAUUUUGGGCCAAAAAUUCACGUGGAUCAGCAAAUCUUUCCACUUACAGUAUCAAAUCGGCGAAGGCGUGUAUGAGGUUGGCUCAGAGGACCUGUAUUUCGUGUUGCUAUGGGUGGUGAUCCACACUUUUAUCAGAGCAGCCGUCAUGGACCUAAUCCUCGGAAAUCUGGCUUCCUGGGCUAACAUUCACAACGCAAAGGGCGUCCAAAGGUUUAAAGAGCAAGGCUGGUCUUUGAUAUAUGGCUUGGUGUCGUUUGCAUCGGGACUAUACCUAUACGCGAACUCAGACUACUUCCUUAAUUGCGACGCACUCUACUUGGGAUGGCCACAGGAUCACCUUCCAUUUCUGUUUAAGAACUACUACCUGAUCCAGAUGGGUUUCUGGAUCCAUCAGAUUGUGGUGUUGCACAUCGAGGAGAGGAGGAAAGACUACUACCAGAUGUACUCGCAUCACAUCAUCACGUGUGCUUUGAUGUUUGCGUCAUACUAUCUCUACUUCCAAAGAGUGGGCAAUGUAAUCCUGGUGAUCAUGGACGUUGUGGAUAUUUUCCUGUCGCUUGCGAAGAUGCUCAAGUAUUGCGGGUUCACCAACGUGUGCGAUUAUGUUUUUGGCCUCUUCAUGACGGCAUGGAUCAUACUCAGACACAUCGUUUACAACUACAUCGUCUGGCAUGCCUGGGCUAAGGCCAAGAUACUUCUUGGUGACACAUGCGAGGAUCUCGCAAGACAAAACAUAAAAAAGAGGAUGUGUUACCACGGCUGGGAAAUUGACUGCUUCGUGGGACUGUUGGCCGGACUGCAGGUGCUGUUUAUCAUUUGGAUGUAUCUCAUUGCAAGGGUUGCCUAUAAGGUGAUGUCAGGCAAGGGUGCAGACGAUGUUAGAAGCGAUGACGAAGAAUAG